GGGUAGAGACUUUUCAUUAUAUUCUAUAAAUAAUCAGGCAAUACUACUCAACACCUACACAUAAACAUUGAAGAAUGGCCACUCUCUAUGAAGAUCCAGCGCGUGGGGAACCCCUAUUGAUAACGGGCUAUAGUAUUGGCUUUCAAAUAGUGCCAAAAGACUGGUCCUUCUCCGAUCCUGUGUUUCUGCGUCACUUCCUUUGCUUUAUGAUAGUCCUAAAAGGUAUUUUUCAUGUCAUACUCUGCAUGCGUCAGUUGAGAUUGAUUGGUAAAAGUGAAGCACCGCCAAUUCAAAUGGAAGGAGUUAUGUCACUCGAUGAAUUUAAGCACUCCAAGGAGAAGGAGUUUCAUGCUGUGCACUUGGAGUUCUUUAAUAUAUGCGCAGAUACUGUUUAUAGUUGCCUGGAUCUAUAUCUUUGCACUUUGGCUGGCAUUUGGAAGUUAACUGUGGACUGGUAUCGCUUUGCACCUAAUUCCUGGCUAAAUGUGGUCUUUAUGACGCUGUUUAGCACAUAUCUGGUCUUAAGAAAGCUACCCUCGAUGUUCUAUGAGAGAAUGGUUUUGGAUCCAAAAUAUAAUGUUAAUCCAGAGCAAACAUAUCCAUUGGUUGGCCUGAUGUGUGGCCUGGCUUUCUUUGUGGUUGUCAUUCAGAUUGCCGUUAUCCCAUUGACUGCAGUUUUAAUGACGCUUGCUAAUUUGGAAAUUUGGUUUUUCGUAGGGGUCAUUUGGUUGGUCGUGGUGAUUAUCUCCUUUAUUAUCCAUCUCAUCACUGGAAUCUUUGGAGUUCCAUGCCUGGGCAAGAGUCGACUUUUGGACUCAUUGGAAAUGAAUAAAUACCUUAGUUUGGCUCUGCAAACCUUCAAGUAUCCGGGUAAAGUCUAUGUGGUGCAAACCUUCUAUUUGGGACGACCCACUGCCUGGGUGAUGGGUUGCUGCUGUUGCCUUCGCCUGGAUAUACAUGACAACUUGAUGUUGAAUAGGAAUAUUGAGGCUGAAAAUCUACCCUCUCAACAUGUGGGUGCUGGUCUAAAUGAUAUACAACUGGCGGCAUUUGUGGCCCAUCAAUUGGCCCAUUGGCGACUGUGGCAUGUGACCAAAAGUUUGAUAAUGUUUCAUUUGAUAUUGCUGACUUAUCUGGUGAUUUUUGGAUCCUGCUACAGGUGGCAGUUAAUGUAUACGGCAGCAGGAUUUACACAUAUCUAUCCAUAUGUCGUGGGCUAUUGGUUGGUUUACAAGUAUCUAAUGACUCCCCUUCGUACAGCCUGCAUUUGGGUUGUGUUUUUUCUCCUGCGACAUUUCGAGUACUCCGCGGAUUCCUACGUUUGGCGUCGUGGUUUUGGUGGUUCCAUGAAAGCAGCCCUGUUGAAACUCUUUGCCGAUCAUCGUGUUUUUCCAUAUACGGAUCAUGUCUACCUCAUGUGGCAUCAUCAUCGGCCAUCCAUUUUGCAACGCAUCUCCAAUAUCCAGCGAUUGGAGAAGAAAGGAGAGCUUGGACCUAAUUCCUCUAUUUGAUUAAUAUCAAAUAAACAAGUUAAUAAUUAAUAUUUCUUUCA